GAUACGAAAUGCUUCCGUAGAGAGAGAGCUGAAGCUAGAAAGUAUCAUAGGCGCCGGGCAUGGAAGGGUUGGAACGGGGGGCUUGAAUCAGGAAUGAGACCAGAGGGUGACGCCAAUUUGGGCCCUUCAUGAGUCGGGUGGGUGUUAGGCGUCUAAAGCAGUGCCUGCACGGGGAUCUCAACCCGCCUCUUGGCUCUGCCUUUCCUUUUCCCGAGGGGGUCGUCGUGCCUCAAGGCGAGGCCGAUUUCCGGGGUCUUCAAGGAGUCUGAGGCGGAGGGAGGCGGAGCUCCCGCUUCGUUUGAGGGGCGGAAUUCGGCGGUGGCGGAGCUGCCAUGCGGAUUCGCGGAGGAAGCAGCCCCGCAGGGGAUCCUCGGCUGAAGCAUCGGAUUAAGCAGUACCUGAAGAGUAACAAAUGUGGCAAGUAUGUUGACAUUGGAGUUUUAGCUGCUGAGCUACAGAAAACAUACAGUGCUGAUUAUGGACGAAGAAAAAGAAAUGCCUUUAGAAUACAGGUAGAGAAAGUUUUUGGGAUAAUCAAUGAUGAUCUGAAGUCUGAAGAUUUAGCUGCUCUAGAGAAUGAACAUUUGGCGAAGAAAGCAAGACACAAAGGGGAGGAAGAUGAUUCAGAAAGCUGCAUGGAUACUUCGGACACUGACACAGGACUCCCACCCUCAAAUCACAUGAACUCAUCUUUGUUGACCUUAUAUCGGAAAGGAAAUCCAGAUUCUCUUCCAGCAUCUCCCAAGAGUUCGCAGACAAUGUCCAGCACUCCUUCACAGAAGCCUGGAUCGAAUAGGCUUCCCACUCAAGCACCAUCUGAUACCAGGAUCUCAGAAGGUGGCUGGUUUAUUGAUAAAACCCCAGACAGGAAAGAGGAAAACUUUUUUAUCGACCUUUGUGCAGAAGAAAGCGAUGGUUCUAAACAGAUGGUUGAGGAUUCAAAAGACGUUUCCUUUCUGGAGAAACCCAAGAGGAAGAGAAGUAAAAGGAGGAACGAGUCUCAAGAAGUAGAUGAAGAAAUAGAAUCUGCUUUGAGGAAACAGAAGAUUAAACAGAAAGGCUUCGAGCUGAGAACUUCUUCCGUGAAAUUUGAGGAUAUAGGAGGCAAUGAUGACACUCUGAAGGAAGUGUGCAAGAUGCUGAUACAUAUCUGUCAUCCUGAAGUAUACAACUAUUUAGGAGCUGUUCCACCGCGAGGAUUUCUCUUGCAUGGACCACCAGGGUGUGGGAAGACGUUAUUAGCUCAGGCAAUCGCUGGGGAGCUUGAACUGCCAAUACUCAAAGUAGCUGCUACUGAGAUUGUGUCGGGAGUGUCAGGUGAAUCGGAACAGAAGCUAAGGGAACUGUUUGAGCAAGCUGUGGCCAAUGCUCCAUGCAUCCUCUUCAUAGAUGAAAUUGAUGCUAUCACACCCAAGAGAGAAGUUGCCUCAAAGGACAUGGAGCGGAGAAUUGUAGCGCAGCUUCUGACUUGCAUGGAUGACUUGAAUAAUCUGGCUACUGCUGCUCAGGUCCUAGUAAUUGGGGCAACCAACAGACCAGACUCACUGGACCCAGCUUUGCGACGUGCAGGAAGAUUUGAUCGAGAGAUUUGUUUGGGGAUUCCGGGUGAAGCAGCCAGAGAGAAAAUUCUGAAGACAUUGUGUAGAAAACUUAGAUUGCAGGAAUCUUUUGACUUUUGUCAUUUGGCUCAUUUGACCCCUGGCUACGUCGGUGCUGAUCUCAUGGCACUGUGCCGUGAAGCCGCAAUGUGUACUGUGAAUAGAGUUCUCGUGAAGCUGGAGAUGGAGCAGCACAAAGUCCUGAGAAGUAACGAAAGGUCAUCUGGACAAGACUUGGAAAAGGAUACUGAAGAGCUUGUAAGACAGGUUAUCAAAGAGCCAGAUCUUCCCACUAUGGAUGAAUUGCAGAGGCUACUCCAGUUGCUAAAGGAACCAGACCCCCUUGGGGAAGAUCAGCUGCAAAAGCUAUGCAUUGAGUUGAAUGAUUUCAUUGUUGCGCUCUCUUCGGUGCAACCCUCUGCCAAGAGAGAAGGCUUUGUUACAGUCCCCGAUGUGACGUGGGCGGAUGUGGGCGCCCUGGAGGAUAUUCGGGAGGAGCUCACCAUGGCAAUACUGGCACCCGUGCGGAAUCCUGAGCAAUUCAGAGCCCUUGGCCUCUCGGCUCCAGCUGGUGUGCUGCUUGCUGGCCCUCCUGGUUGCGGCAAAACGCUACUUGCUAAGGCUGUGGCAAAUGAGUCUGGACUGAAUUUCAUAUCCGUGAAAGGCCCUGAACUGUUGAAUAUGUAUGUGGGGGAAAGCGAACGUGCUGUACGUCAGGUUUUCCAGCGUGCAAGGAAUUCGGCGCCUUGUGUCAUAUUCUUUGACGAAGUUGAUGCUUUGUGUCCCCGGAGAUCAGACCGUGAGUCGGGUGCCAGUGUCCGUGUAGUGAACCAGUUGCUAACAGAGAUGGAUGGCCUGGAAUCUCGUCGUCAGGUUUUCAUCAUGGCAGCCACCAACAGGCCAGAUAUUCUAGAUCCAGCUAUUUUGCGCCCCGGAAGACUGGAUAAAACACUCUACGUCGGUUUGCCACCACCUUUGGAUCGCCUUGCCAUUCUAAAGACUAUUACUAAAGAUGGAACCCGACCCCCGCUUGACACUGAUGUGGACCUUGAACAAAUUGCUCAUAAUCCCUGCUGUGAUAAUUAUACGGGAGCAGAUCUUUCAGCUCUAGUGCGGGAGGCUUCUGUCUGUGCCCUGAAAGAGGAGAUGGCAGUGCUGAAUGCCACAGACAGGAAAGGAGAAAUCAAGAUUGCCAGAAAACACUUCGAAGCAGCUUUCAAGAAAGUUAAAUCUUCUGUAUCGAGAAAGGACCAACUAAUGUAUGAAGAGCUGCGCAAGUCACUGAGCAGGUGAUAGCUGGAUCAUCCCUAACACCCAACAUGUUGCUUAACCUGAGGACCUCUCCCAGUGGACUAUUUUCCAGAAGCAUCUUCAUGGCUUGGAUUUAACCUUGGUUUUGCUUGCUUCAACAUUGCUGGACUCCGUUUCUGAGAGAAGUUCUAUCACAUUGUAUAGUAAUUAACAUUUGGCCACAACCUUUCAAACUGGUCUCCAGGAUAUGGCCAGAAGAUACAUGAUGUGGCCAUCUGGCUGAAACUAAGCAACCCUGGAUCUGAUCAGAAACCCAUAUAUGCCAUGGAUUCUGUGAUGGAAGAAAGUGCAAGAUGUAAAUGUUGUUUUAAAAAUAUGCUGUCAGCUAUCAUGGGCUUCUCCCCAUCACUCUUCAGAUGUUAAAUUUUUCUUUCCGCUAUGAGACAUUUGAUUAAUCUUGUUAACUGCCUGUAAACUGAACCGGUUAAUACACAAAGAAGCAAUAGCAAGUCAACCUACCGCAUCAAGCCUAGCCCAGAUAGCAGGGAUGGGGGACCUGUGAUGCUCUAGAUGGUGGGACUGUAGUUUCCAUCAGCCCCAGAGAGCAUGGCCAAUUUCCAAGAAUGAUGGGAGUUGCAAUCCGGCAUUGGGCUGCAGGGUGGGCACAAGUUCACUAUCCCCGUCUUACCCCACAGACAGGAAAACAGCCAGGCAGGUAAUAGGAGUAAUGUUACCAUGGGGGUAGUUACUCUGCCACCUACUACGCCUUUCCAUAAAAAAGUGGGCAGCAGGGCCCAGCUGAGGAGAGGGGAAAUUGUGCUGUUGGGCAAGCAGAAAUGCUUUCACUGGCAGAAAAAUAUCUUUAAAACUACAUUGAAAACUUGAGGAAAAACAGCUUUUUCUCUGUGGGGAAGCUUCACAUUAUUUAAAGAAGUCUGCUUGUUUGCUGUAAAAAUACCACAUUCUUUCCCAUACUAGUUUUAUGUGUAUGACUUAAAACAAGGGAAUAUUAGAAAAAAUUGGGUGUAGUGGGCUGAAGAAGCAAGACUAAAGCCAAGCGCCUGUAGGAUCUGUCAUUUGAUCCACCCAUGACCAAUCCAGACAAUGCAAAGGAGACCCUCACAGCAGUGUACAAGGACUUUUAGAUAGCAACCAUUAAUCAGCUGCAUGGGUGUCCUGAGAACAUGGCCUUAUUAUUGCAGAAUCCUCUGCUUCCCACACAUAGAAAGCACACAGACUUUGCUUUUCCAUGUGGUCUGGUGUGAAAGUCAGAUAUGAUUGGAUUUUUAAAAAAUGCAUUUGUUUUCAAGCAUCAGCAAAACAGUAAAACAAAAAAAGUAACUCGAGAAUAAAUAAUACAGAGCUUGUAUUACAGAGAAACAGCCAUCUGUAAUGUGUUCCUCAAAGAGGUUCAGUGUUCAGCUUAGGAUGUAUUUCCAUAGAUUAAUGGGUGUUAAGGAAUGCAUCCAUAUUCCAAUGUAUUUGUGUACAUAAUAAAGCACAUUUCAUAAAAACUG